CCAUUGUCUCGGUUAGUCAGCGUGGCUCGGAACUUCACUUUUUGCUCGCAUGCAAGCGCAGCGACUGCUGUCAACACAACCACCUUAUUGCCUCUAACCCCUCGAAUCUUUGCGCAAAAUAUCUUCUCCGAGCCUGCACCUGCCAAAUACUCUUGCGCACUUUAUUGAUUGGAAGAAUGGACAGAGACAGAGAUCGCGAUAGAAGGGACGACAGGUUUUCCAACACGUACCGUCCGCGCUCCCCUGGCCCUCGCAUCGAUAGCUACCGCUCGAAUCGCUCGCCGCCUCGCCGUGGCCUGAGCGGUGCAGAUACAUACACCCCGGGUGGUAGUCGAGCCUCUCGUCCACGGAGCCGUUCACCCGCAUUCCGCAGACGGUCCCGCAGCCCGCUGAGACGAGACGAUGAUCGCUGGAGAGCAAGGCCCCGAUCUCCUCCUCGCCGAGGGUUUUCACCCAGGCGAGACGACUUCAGAGGCGAUCGAGCCAGGUCACCGCCACGUCGAGAAUACGAUUCUUACACCCGUUCGCCGCGUCGCGACAGGUCUCCACCACCGCCCAGGGAGAGGGAUCUUUCGCCAGCUCGGAGCCGCGGAGCGAGAUCGCCGCGUCAUAUAGGUCGAUUCGAAGAACCUCGUUCGCGCGCACACAGUCCCCCUCGUCGCUAUACGCCUGCCCGUGAUAAUAGGGACUAUCGGCGUCGUUCACCUUCUCCCAGACGGGAACGGCCGGAGAUAUUCCAAGCAGAUACUUGGCGCCGGAGAUCCCCAUCCCCUGUCCGGCAAGCAUACGCAUCUCAUGAUGUCUCGGGCAGAGAAUCCGCUGCCACGUCACGGCGUUCAUCUCCCCCUCCAAUCCAUCCUAGCAGGGCUAGUUUGGUCGUGGAAGAUGUACCAAUGAGGGAUUCAGCGCCCAGAUCACCGUUUCGCGAACGGGAAGCCGAACGACCUCGAGAAUUUACACGGGAACGUGAGAGGGAGCGUUCGCCACCACGACAUCGUGAAACCCCUCCCACUGGACCUAGAGUAGACCGAGAGCGAGAGUUCGCGCCUCCGAGUGGGCCGUCCUCAUCGUUCCGCAAUGGUGACAAUAGCUACCAACGAGCACCCCCAACUGGGCCCUCCAACCGUGGCUUCCCAUCUCCUGCUAUGUCACCACCGGCUGGCCCUUCGAACCCCACUACACAUGCGCCUGCCUUUCCACGGAGCAAUAACCCCGUGCUUGCUGCACCAACUCGUCCUCGUGGCGGCGGUCGCGGAGGGUUUGGCUACGAUACACCCCGAGAAUUCUCCGGAGGACCACCUCGUCGUGGGUCUGCUCAUUGGGGAGGACGAGGCGGUGGUCAUUUUGCUAGUGGACCACCUUCUGGGCCGCGCGGUUCUGGAAGUGGGCCGACUCCUUUUGCUCCUCCUUUUCGCGGAUCCAGCAAUAGCACUUCCACCACGUACCCUCGUACCCAGCGUUUCCGGGAUCACUUGACUGAUCUCGCCAAGGAAAUUCCAGGAGGUCAGAGAGCCCCGGAGAUUGUGGACAAAAGCAAAAUACUCAAGUUGGAGGAGGAGGCACGCAGGCUGCGUGAGAUCAUCGAGCAGAAAGAAGCGGCCAAACGCAAUGGACUGAUGGAGUGGGAAAAGGCCGAAAGGGAGUCGAACAACGCUGCACUGAGAUCAGAACUUGCCGAACAACAGCUUAGGACCCUCAACGGUGACGGAGAAAUGGGCGGUGCAGCUUUCUAG